GCACAUUAUAAAGUACCCAGACUCGAGAUAAAUGUUUGGGUAUGUGGUUAUGUGCGGAAAAAUAGCAGGCACGAGUUCCAGCGGACAUGUGGUGCUCAGUAUAGUCAAGGACAUGAGAUUAUCUGGCUGCUUGCAGCCCUGAGCUUUUUUGUUUUCAUCGAUGUUGAUCUUUAUAGCUUGACUGAUGCGACUACAGUUUCUCUAGAUCCCAAUUCAUGUCAGCAGCGCUCUUCCGUAUUGUUGGCUGGUCGUACCUCCCAGAUUUCGCAACAAAACAAGCCCUUCGUGUAAUUCACCACACAUCUUUUAGUAUCUUUCACUGGCCUCCACCUGACCCGCGAACGCCCGCUUAUGCAUUACACUAUCGACUUACUUUUGCAGCAGUUGUCCUCUGUUAUCUCAUCUACAACUUCUUGGACGCUUCCGGAAGCAUCGCAAACAACUUUUACGAGCUUCUCGGCAUAUAUCCGAAUUCCACUGAUGCCACACUAAAGAUGGCGUUCCGUGGCUUCGCAAGGAAAUAUCAUCCAGAUCGAGUGGGUCCAUCGGGAGAAGCACUGUUCAUCGAGGUUAGAGAUGCAUUUGAAGCCUUGAAGGACCCUGUCGUUAGGUUCGCAUACGAUAGAUUCGGACCUGAUGUUCUGAAGUGGAAAGAGUGUACGACGAUGCGCGAGUAUCUCCGGCGCGGACUACUGAGCUCGUCAUUGUACCACAUCAUGACCGGCGCUGGUCUCAUUCUUUUUUCAGCUAUUGGAAAACCCAGUCCUAUAGCAGCAUGGCGUUAUCUGCUUUUUAUUUGCCUGUUUGCAUCGGAACUUUAUCUCCUCCUUGCCCCCUCACCUUCCGCAUUAUCACCGAGUCCGUUUAUCGAUGCAGCACCCUCGCAUGCCACGAUCCUCGAUGUUCUGUUUCCUAAACGGGUGGUAUACCAACAUGUUCUCCUCCUCCAUCAGAUCUUCUUCUUCCUGUCUGUUGCAUUGUCGCGUGUGGCACCAGUCCUUUUUCCCUCACUGAUGCGGGGAGAUCCCGCAGUGGAUCAGCAGAUCGUACGCGCUUUGGCCGAGAGGCUUGGUGCCCUGGCAAAGACAACAGAACGGGAGUUAUCGAUUAUGCUAGAUAUGGAACUGCGCGCGAUCCAUGAGACACCUAUGGUCACUUCUCAAACAAGCAUGCCACCCCGGCCGCGCGAGGUGCUCAAGAGUGAUAUUAUGCGUGCUUUGACAAUGGAAAUGGAGGAUGUUGUUGUGGAGAAUAAACUGAAAACGGAAGUCGGGCCUGUAAAGACUGCAUGGGAUGCCGCUGUUGACAAGGAGAGAAGGAAGAGAGUGCAAGGUUGGCGAUUACAAGGUAUAGCAGAUAAACUGGCGUCGCCACCCCCAGAUACGUGUCAAAUGAAGCUGCACAACCGUGCUCGAUCCCUAUCGCUGUAAUAUUACAAGAAGUUUUUACAUUUAAAAAUUCUGACAUUGUCUGUCACAAAGUGGUUGCUUGAAAAAAAAACGACUUGUUUGGGAACUAACUCAUGACUGGCGGGAACCAUAGAUAGAGAUCCCGUGUAGAUCCGAAGUGCCUGGAUGCAGUUA